AUGAAGUUCACCAUCGCCACCCUUGUCACUCUCGCCGUCUCGGCCGUCGCUAUGCCUUCAUCCAACGGCGGCGGAAAGUCUAAGCAGAUCUCACUCUCCCAGGCCAGCGGACUUUGCCAGGCCGGCAAAGUCGCCUGCUGCAAUCCUAAGAAGGAUAUCAGCGGUGAUGGCGUUCUCGGUAACCUCCUCGCCGAGGGACUCCUGAACAACCUGCUCGGUGUUGGCGAUUCCGCCUGUGCCUCCCAGAGCUUGAUUAAGAACCUUAACCUUCUCGGUUUCACCGAGGAGGGUCAGGAGGGAACUACCUGCAAGAACACUAUUGCAUGCUGCCCCACUGGCGAAGAAUGCACUGCCAUCGAGGCAUAA